AUGUCGGAUGAAGACGUUCAAAAGGCUAAAAUGGAGAAGCGGAAGGAAUUCCUAGAUGAUCGGAUGAAAGUUGAAGAGAUGAUAACGGAAAUCGAGGAUACAUGGGGAAAACGAUGCAGAUGCAAGAUGCCCGGUCAUUAUCUGACAAAAGUUAAUGAAGUAUCGGGGAAGAAGCGGAAGGAUAAUAAAAAACGAAGGAUUUAUAUGCCGAGAACGCCACUUGAGACCCCGGAAGAGUACGAAAAGGUGUUAGAGGCUGAAAGAAACAGAUCCAAUUUCCUCUCUGAAAUCGACCAGCUAUUGGAAGAAGCUAUGAAGUCUUUCGACACAUCGAAAACCUCCGAAGAAUCCAAAAUCACCAAAAAGUCCACCUCUCCAUCUUCUAAACCCACAGAAACCAUUUCGGAGGAGAAGCCAAGAAAAGCGCCAGAGGCACCCCAGCCGAUGAGUGUGACGACGCCGACGAAGAAUGAUGAUGUUGUGAUCCAGAAGAAGGAGAAGAAGAUGGUGGUGGAGAAAAAGAAGAAAAAGAAGAAGAAUCCGUGUUGCUCGAUUUGCUGA